GGCUGUGGACGGAAUGGUAAUUUGCCUCACUGGAUUUGACAGCGCGCAGGGCAAGAGGAGAGGCUUUACGCACGAGUCCCUCUCCAGAUCAUAAGCAUUUGACCAAACUUGCAGUACAGAAAGGAAACCUGUUCUCAUGGUGGGUGCUUCAUCUGCCCGUCGAAGGAGAGCGCGGUGAAGUGCUGGCCGAUUGAAUGUCACCUCCAUUCACCAUGGAUUACGGAAGGACCAUGGCCCCUCCGGUACCCCCGCAUAAACCCAAUCCCGCCCGGCCAGGACAGGCGCAGGAGCGGCUGCUGAAGUGCGUCCUGCUCGGCGACGGAGCGGUGGGCAAAACCAGUCUGGUGGUCAGCUACACAACGAACGGCUACCCAACCAAAUACGUCCCUACUGCAUUUGAUGACUUCUCGGCUGUGGUUCAGGUGGAUGGAAACCCGGUUAGACUACAGUUGUGUGACACUGCAGGACAGGAUGAGUUCGACAAACUCCGCCACUUCUGCUACAGUCGGACUGACGCCUUGCUGCUCUGCUUCAGCGUGGUCAGCCCCGCUUCCUUUCAAAACGUCUGGGAGAAGUGGGUGCCCGAGAUCCGUCGCCGCUGCCCUCUCACGCCCGUCCUCCUCGUAGGCACACAGUGCGACCUGCGGCAGGACGUCAAGGUGCUGAUCGAGCUGGCGAGGCGGCGGGAGAGGCCGGUGGCGGAGGAAGACGCCAGAGCGCUGUCGGAAAAAAUUGGGGCAGUGACAUACGUUGAGUGCUCGGCGCUGACACAAAAGAAUCUGAAGGAGGUGUUUGACGCAGCCAUCGCUGUGGGGCUGCGGCACUCUGACAGAAGAGCACGACGGGAGAGGAAGGUCCGCAGCACAGCUGAUAAGAUGAAGAUGCUCUCCAAGUCCUGGUGGAAGAAGUACGUGUGCGUCCAGUAGGGAGGGAGGGGAUGACUUUCCAAUGACUGAUAUAAAACUGGAACUGCUCACAUGUCUGCUGGGACUCACUUGGAUGUACGAACUUCUAUUUUCACGUUCACCUGGACGACCCCAGAUGUGCUGGCCAGAAUGACUUCAGUCCAGUGGAGCAACAGCUCAAUAGAGGCAGAGUGUGCCUGCCUGAGCUGUAGAGUGGUUGCGGGUUUGGCAUGGUUUCAUUUUGACCAUAAAAUAUCCGAUGUUGAUGCCUAAAAGACAGAGAGCAUAAGACUGUAACCACUGUCUGCUGCUCAGAGCCAGUCUGAACUGUUAAAUAUGACUGUGACCAGAAUUCAACCAAAAAUUAUGGAGCUAAUAAAAUUUUAUGGCACAUGGACUGCAUAUCAUACUGGACUUGUCCAAAGGAAAUGUGAGCUGACUUGGAGGGGAGGUGUGCAGGCGGUGAUGUUAUGUACUAAAAGUAUACUCCUCCUUUUUGUCUGAUUUGAUACCCUUCUUUAACAAAGUAUAUUAUUCUAUGUGUUCUACACUGUAAUUCAGCCCCCAACACUUCUGAUAGAUGCUCAGCUGAAACCCCCAAUCACAGACGCAAUAGUUCUGCUAUUGAAAAUCAAAGCCAAUCCUGCACCUUUGUUUCCAAAAUCAGAAGCGUCUAUAACUUCAAUGACAACUUGUUAAGAGUCGGAUCAGAUCAAAUCUAUUUUAACUCGUUCCCUUCUAGAUUACAAUCAAAUGUACAUGAGUAUAAAUUUAUGUGAAAUCAAUGAGUUCUGGUUUGAAUGGUGUAUGUUGUUCUAUGAACUGUCACAUUAGUCUGGCCAUUCACUUCUGUUUAACUGUGAGCUAGUGUAGGGUGUAUGUCUCUACACCAGCUUGUGUCUGUGCCACAUUUCAUAGUGUUGCUACAGCUGUCUCACUGUUAGUCAACCACACAUGUAGAGGUCUGUAAGCUCCUCACUGACCCGCACCAACCAUCCUAUACUGGAGAACACACACGUAUGCUUCAGCUUCUGGAAGCUUUAGAAGUUUCAGUUCUUCACUUUGACUGAAAAGCUUCAUCUGAAAUGUUUCAAGACUUUUCAAGUUUUUUUUUUUUUUUUUGUGACUGUUACAAGGUUGCAGCAAUACGUUGGGCAGUGCCACUGUACAUUGCACUUAUCACACAGAGUCCAAACAUAUCACCGAAGUCUUGCCAUGCAAUGGCCUUUGGACCAGUGGUGUGGAAACUUAAGAAUCAGACACAGAGCAGGGGAAUGCAUCCGUGGCGCUUGAGCCAUACGUUUACUCAGUGUCAAUGAAACAAAAAUGGCUGAUCUGCAUGUUCCCUGCACUACACCACUGGUCUGGAUGAUCACAGGGUCUUUCAUUGACAUUGUAGUCAGGGCCUUAUAAGGAUAAUUACCCAUCUUUGUCGGUCAGUGUACUGGAGCUUUCUCCUCUUUUGAAAUUACACAGUAAAUGAGGUGAAAUCACCAAAGAGACUGAUUCUAUGUUUGCUUCUUAUUUUUCAGAAGCCUGUCAUUCAGCUCUGUCUAUUUAUCUGUUCCUUCUGGGCCAAUAACUGAUCAACAGCAAUACAGAGCAGUUGUAUGAACCAUGAUAUGUCAUUAUGUAUGUUACAUAGUAAUCACUUAUGAUGUUUGUAAUGUCAUCAGGAUAAAUGUGUGUGUACAUAUAGAAGUGACUCAGUCAUUGGCUGUGCUGUCCAACUAUAAAUGGUACUUAACAA